AUGGCAGCAGUGAUGAAAUUAGAAAAGUUCUUCGUUGCAACGCUUAUCGUUGCCGUCACGAGGUGCUUCGCAGAGGAAGUGGACACCGUUGCUCCAGGUAAGGCACCACCACAGGACGUAGUAAAUACCUUGUGUGGGGCGAAGCAUUUAUUAGAAGCAGUAAAUAAAAAGGCGGGGACUCUUGCGAGCGAAGUAGAAAAGCAUGUCACUGAUGCGAAGGCUUCUCUAGACGGAACUGUCAAAGCGUCAAAGAGCACGCAGACCUUGUACGAAAAACUGCAGAAGGAUGUAAUGGAUGCGGGCCUUACCGCUGUUGUUGUAGAACGGAUGAAGGGAAUUGCCGACGCCGCUGUCGAGGUGGCGGCGAGUGCCGAGGAAGCUUAUGAAAAAGUGAUACGAACGAAUGAAAGUGUUGGGACAGCCGCAGCGGAGAUAGAAACGAGUUCGAACCACUCCGCGAACCUUAUCGACAAAAUACUAAUGGCCACCGCGGGGGUGGAAGAUAAGGAAACAGAAGAAGACUUUUGCAGUGGUGUUGAAAAUAAAUAUGGUGAUGGCCUCAAGAAUGCGAGUCGGCCGCAUUGUCGACUAUUUGACAACUGUAAGUUGGACGAUAUUAAUGGCAAGGCAUGGCAGCCCACGCACAUGGAGCUGGUAAUCACAUACCAUGGGAUAUGUUAUCGUCUUGACGCGGUAGAACUGUCUAUGGGAAUUGCAAAGGACGCGGCUACGAAGGCAUCGCAGAUGAAGACGCGUGCUGAAGAGGGAAUGGCGUCAGCUUAUCAAGAGUCGAUUGUCGUGGCGAGGGAAAUUGCCGGGGAGGCGGAGAGAAAAAGACUACUAGCAGAAAAGGAGCUGGCGGAAACAAGGGAGAAAGCGGCUGCAGAUGCCAAAGCUCGGAAAGAAGCGGAGGAAGAAAUGAGACGGAGGGCCGAAAGGGAAAGAGCGGAAAAAGAGGAAGCUGUCGCUAGGGCGGAGCGAAUGGAAAAAAAGGGGAAAACAGUAGCCGAAGUUGUGGUGAAGGCUGAACAUGAUCAAAAGGCAAAAGACGGUGCAAGUGACAUCAGCAGCCGGAGAAUCGGAUCCCUAUGGAGUCCAUUGCGCGACGUUUGGUUAAUACUUCCUGCCGCCUCGCUGUGUUUAUGGACUCAAUGA